AUGCUGGUCUAUUAUGACGAUGCCAGAGUAUGGGCUAACAUAGAUAAUGCCUUGAAAGAUCAACUUAUUCUAAAGGUUAUAUCGUCUUUAGAAUGUCUGAUAUGCUCAGAGGUGAUGCAUGUGCCGUUUCUUGCUUCUUGCGGCCACUCCUUCUGUUACAACUGUCUCAAUGCAUGGUUUGCCACGAAGGUGAACUGUCCGACCUGUCGAUCAGAACUCGAACAGGCUCCAGUGCUCAACAUACGACUCAAAGAUAUCAGCAAAAGCAUCACAGACAUCGUGAUAGAGACGAUGGAAGAUGCACAUCAUAAAGAACAACUCGAAACUGCACGACAGUCGGUAUUAGAUGACUUUGAGGACGCCAAAAAGAAAAAAUCGUUGUUUGACGAAGCCUUUAAUAGUGCAUUAACUCUCGUUGACAACUCUGAUGGGGUUCCUAGAUGUGGUAACUGCCAUUGGGAAGCUCAUGGAUCUACAUGUUUGCAUUGUGGAGCUCGUUUCAGAGUUCCAAGAGAAGAUCUGUACUUUGACUCAGAGGAUGGCGAUGCAUAUAACGAAGACAGGGAAGAAAUCGAACUUUAUGGAGAUGAACGGGAUGCAUACGAUUCAGAAGACAGCUUUGUUGAUUCUCGUGGACUAAACGACAUACAAAGAGAGAGAUACGUGGAGCCUGGAGACGAAUUAUUAUCAUCAGGAGAAGAUGAAGACCUUCGAAGCCAGAGCAGCGACCUGUGGGGAGGUUUUCGAGAGGACGGUGGUCGUUACGGACUAAAUGCUGAUGAGAUGAAUAGCGACGCAGAGGAUAUGGAGCUGGCAGUAAGGCGUCUACACGACCAGGACUUGGAUGAUUAUCAAUAUUUGAGUGACAAUCAGCUGUGGUCAAUUCAGGAUAUAUCAUCAGGAAAUGAAGCUGCUAGUGACUCGGAACCUGAGACACAAAGAAGCAGCCGGCGAAGCCGAACCAUCGUCGUGGACUCUGAUCUGGAUUGA